UUGCCAUUUGAGGAACUGCAGUUUUCUGCAGCGCUUCAUUUUCUGUUCUGCAUGGUUGAGAUCUGUGUUGGAAGACCAUCCAUCUCCAGAGUUACAUUCAAGGAAGGAAGACGAUUCUCGCUCCACCUAUUAACCAACCCCUCAAGGUACAAGUGUAAAAUCAUUUCAGAUUUAUUUUCAGAUUGCAAGGUUGUAGGUUCGUCUUAAGUCGUCUCUGCUUAAAACAAGCCUCUUCACAUUUCCAAACAAGGAAGGCUCAUAACGCAGAUGCAAAGAUGAGUGUUGAGUACCAUGCCUCCGGAGUGACAAACAUGGACAUGGAUGACUGUAAAAUUGCUUACAAGCAGUUUUUUGGUGAUGGCAGCCCAAUCCACAAGUCAGUUUAUGCAUUGAGAAACAAUCCCUUCAAGGUUGCAACAGUUUGCCUGGGGCUGCUGUCUAUUCUCCUGGUUGCUGCGGUCAUAGGCCAAGGUGUCUACUACCAAAAUGUAAAGCAGGACGAUGACCACAAGUUGCAAGCCAUGAUUAAGGAGAAAGAGACCGUGCAACAGAACCUGAAGACCCUGCAAGAAGACAAAAAGGCUGUUGAAGCCGAUCGUGACCGGUUCAAACAAAGUAACGAUUACUUCUCGAAAAUAAAACAACAAAUACAAACCAACAACAAUUUAUUGAAAGAAGAGGUAGCCCAGCUUAAAGGUACCAACAGUCAGUUACAGACCAGUAACGCUGCUUUAAAUAAACAGAUACAACAGCUCAACACCACCAAUAGUCAGCUGCAGACUAAUAUCAAUGCCUUGACUACACAGAAAACCUUGUUACAAAAUCAAUAUAAUGCGCUCGUCAAAAUCAGAGAUGAAUUAAAAGCCAGUCACAGCUCAGUGACCAAAGAAAGGGACAACUUACAGAACAAAUUCAAUAAUGUAACCAGAUCAAGGGAGCGGCUGCAGCUCAGUUACAAUGAGUUGAUUCAGAAAGUAGAACACUGGCAGGACAAAUUGAACUUCACUACCAGUGAGAAAGACAAGAUAGAAAGCAGCCACCGGAACCUGACAAUAGCGAAGGACACUCUGCAGGCCAGUUAUGAUAUAGUUAAAAAAGCAGAAGAUGAAUUGCAGGCUUCCUAUACGGCAUUAGUGAAAGAAAAGAACGAUCUUGAAAGCAGUUUCAGGAAUGUAACGGCAGAGAGAAACAUGCUGAAGUCGAAAAACAACAACCUGACUACAGAGAGAGACCAGCUGCUGGAGCAAAUCACCAUUCUGAACGCAACUCUCAAAGCAAAGACUUGCCCCAGUGGCUGGAGGAAGUUUCAGAACAGCUGCUACUUCUCUUCUGCGAGUAAGAAGACCUGGAAAUUGAGCAGAGAUUACUGUCAAUCCAAAGGAGCAGACCUGGCAAUCGUUAAAAGCCCAGAAGAAAUGAGCUUCCUUAACGGCAUGGUUGGCGGUGGGAAAGAGGUCUGGAUUGGACUGACAGAUGAAGGAGUGGAAGGCCAUUGGAAAUGGGUGGAUGGGACAGACCUGACCAUAUCGUACUGGGGCUCCGGCCAGCCCAACAGCUAUAGUGGGAGGAACCAGGACUGUGUGGAGUUCAGGCAGCGUUCAACAGGGAAUGGAGACUGGAACGAUGAGGACUGUACCGCUACGCAAAACUGGAUCUGUGAGAUGUAGUCCCCACACAGAGACACCUUGAACAGCCCGACGCUGUCUGACACACAACAAACAGUUUGAGAAUCAAUAUACUGUGCCCGGUUUGCACACAGUGAAACACAGUAUUGCUAACAGCUAAAGCCUAAAAUAAACUGUGGUGUGAUGAAUAAUGUUUCAUGAAGUUAAAUUUAAAUUUUUUUUUUUUAGCAAACUGCCUGACUAGAGUGGGACCAAGAAUUAGCCAAAGGGGCCCUGAGAUUUCCAUUAAUAUCUGUAUUUAGUGUGGAACAAAUUUUGUCCGUGUAAUCUACUAAUCUACUAAUGGUUAUUUUAUAAAUGGACAUGUAAAGGGAUUAAAGUGACAACUGAUGCACAGAAUGCCAGAUUAUGACUAACUAAUUUGCAGAUCCUGGAUGCAGGGACUAAUGAAUGUGUUUCUAAUAAUAAACACAUUUUUUUUUUUGUUAUGUAUGUGUUAUUGUGUAUACUACUUGCAUAUUUCUUUUGUACUGCUUCUAUAGGUCUAGUGUAUUGAUAAAAGCAAAUAGCGUCAAUAGUUGCCGUUAUUUUAUUACUGGUAUGUGAGCAAUAACCAUUUAAUUGAUGCUUCCUUUUUUUUUUUUUUUUUUUAUUAAACUUUGCAUCUGUGGGUGAUGUUCGGUAAAGUUGCCUGCAGUUGCAGAUUUUCUUUAAUCCAUAAAUGGGCAAGUAAAUAUUUUGGAAAAUAAAUGUAUAUAAAAAAUAAAAUAGCUUCUACCUUA